AUGAGGAAUGCUUCACGAUCACUUAGUAGUAAGGGACAUUGCCUUGGCGACUUGUUGGAGGCAUCUAUGAAAUUUGAGGAACGCGCUAAACGCCUAAAUGAAAGAGAAGCCGAAAAAUUGGAAAGAAUUCAACGAAGCAUGAUCAGAAAUCAACGUGUCAGUGACAAUCUCAGGACACGUGUCAUGUCUCGAACAGAAGCUUCUCUGAAAAACAUAACUGGAUUCCAAGAAGUCUUGUCCAAAGAUUAUACUGUGCGGAAAUUCAAAACAAUGGAAAGAGGUUUUAACAACAGGUAUAGACUACGACCUGUUUCACCUAGAACGGCAAGACAUUUGAAAUUAGAAACAAGGGCAUAUUACUCUGGUUUGGAUAGGAAAUGGUUCCAACCGGAAAUUAACCGAAAAAUGUACCAACAAGAUCAUAGAAAAGUUCAAAGAAUAUUGCAAAAAGUUCUGAAAGAUGAUUGUGAAGGGCAUAAUCAAUUACUGGACAGAAAUUUGUCAGACGAAGCAUUUCAGCAAGAAAUACAUAAUAGACUCACCAAUAAAAAAGAUAUAAAAAUUGCUAGAUUCCAAUAUACAAGCAGCAAUAGAGAUUGA